AUGUCCGAGAAUAAUGAUGAUACAUAUCAAGGUCAUGAUCUCAAAACUAUCAUCGAGAGAACAGCAGAAUUCAUUGCCAAAAACGGGGCUGAGUAUGAGAAGGAGUUCUUGGAGUCGCAUCCAAAACUCACCUUUUUUGUUAGCUCAGAUCCUAAUCACGCAUUUUACCAGGACAAGCUUAUUGAAUACCGAAACGCAUCUCAUGAUCAUAAUGCUACUGAUGAUGAUUCUGAUGAUAAUGUUGAAAGUAGCAAAAUCAUUCCGCCACCUCCAGGUGGUGUCACAAAUCGUAUCCAAGGAACAGCACUUUACGUUGCCAAAAAGGGUUUCAAGGCUGGGAAGAUGCUCAUGCAAUCUGAAGCCAACAAUCCAAAAUACAACUUUAUGAGAAGAUCAGAUCCUUAUCACGCAUUUUACAAGCAGAAGCUCGCUGAAUACCGUUCUCAAGUGGAUGAUGAUUCUACUAAUUCAGAUGAUAUUACUGAUGAAGAAGUGGUUGCUGCAGCACGACUCAGUGUUGCUCAGGCUGAGUAUAUAUUCCUGCCUAAUCGACUACUUAUUUGUCUUCCUCAUGGGAUGAGAAUCGAGGAGUUUAAUACUAUGAAGCUCACAGCACAGUUUGUGGCGUGGUAUGGUGGUGCUUUUUGGUUGUGUUUGAAAAAUAGAAAGAUUCUUCCUAAGUUUGAGUUUUUGGAACAAAGUGCUAAAUGGUACUCAUGUUUCUCUAAGUUUGUUCUUGAGUUUUCCAAAGUACUAAUGCCCCCGGCAGAUGUGAAACAAGAGCUGAUUAAUAGUGCUGACUAUGUGACUACCAUUGUUGACGCUUUUCUCCAACGUCUUCAAUGGAGUGCUCUCCAGCACCAACUAUGGACCUUGAGGAACCAGAUCCAAAGAGACAAAAGUUGCAAGAGUCAGCCCUUGUUCCAGAAGACUCUUGCUCAAAAUCCGGGCUCGUCUACAAUCAAGGUUUCUGUUCCAAAUGCUGGUGGUGGUGGGAAAGUCAUUGAGAUCAUAGUGCAGUCGUUAUCGGAAAACGUGGCAAGUUUGAAGGAGAAAAUAGCUGAGGAGAUCCAAGUUCCAGCAAACACACACAAGUUAAGUGGAAAAGCUGGAGUUUUAGACGACGACAACAAGUCACUUGCACAUUACAAUGUUGGAGUAGGAGAUACCCUAACACUGUCUCUGUGACAAACGCUUGUGGGAAAUAAAUGCUUCUCAAUCUCCUCUCUUGUUUCUAUCUGUAAUACAUAUGUUUAUAACUCUCUCUAGCUCUACUGAGUGUAGUUUGUGUGGGAUUCUUAUCUUGAAAGAUCCCUCUAUAACAUGGUCAUGGUUAAGCUCUUUUGAAUAA